CACAACACUGUACUGUACUAGUAGUGGCAGGCAGCAGCAGCCAACAACACGAGUGUGCUCCCUUCAGUUUCUGCUCUGUGCAUAAACUGAUCAUUUAUCUUCAAUCAUGGCCGCCGGAGUACUACAAAUCUAACUUGCUUCUUUCCAUCUCCUGUCCCCCCACGAGGGCAGGAUUCCGGUUAAGGAAAUACAAAUAUUAUUCCCCUCGGAGAUUUUCGGAUUUCCUUUUGGAAUUACAAUAUAUUUCACAAGGGAAAUACCAUUCAUGUCAAUACUCCACAAUGCAGCCGCCGCCGAGGAAGGUCAAAGUGACCCAGGAGCUGAAGAACACCCACACAGAGCAGAUGACAAGACUGCACUUUAAACACCAGACUGAAUGUGACCUGCUGGAAGACAUGAGGAGCUACAGUCUGAAAAAGGGACAACUAGAAAGAGACUACGCACAGGCACUACAGAAGUUAGCAAGUCAGUACUUAAAAAGAGACUGGCCAGGCAUUGACCCUGAUGACCAGAGGACAGACUAUAGGAAUGUAUACGCUGUGUGGAGAUCCUAUUUAGAAGGCACAGUGCAGGUGAGCCAGUCCAGACUCAACGUGUGUGACAACUACAAGAGCCAAGUAUCAGAGCCCGCCAAGACCUUGAGACUGUACAAAGAGCAGCAGCUAAAAAAGACCAUAGAUCAAUUGAGUGGCAUUCAAGCAGAGCUGCAGGACUCUGUGAAGGAACUGGCCAAAGCCAAGAAAAAAUACUAUGACUGCGAGCAGGUUGCCCAUGCAGUACGGGAAAAGGCUGAUAUAGAGGCCAAGUCUAAACUGGGACUUUUUCAGUCAAGAAUUAGUUUACAAAAAGCAAGUGUAAAGUUAAAAGCCAAAAGAAGUGACUGCAACUCCAAAGCAACACAGGCCAGAAAUGACUACUUACUGACGCUAGCUGCUGCCAACGCUCACCAAGACCGAUACUACCAUACAGACCUUUUACAGUGUAUACAGGCCUUGGAUGGCAGCAUCUACGAGCAUGCUAAAGAUUACCUGGUUUCACUUUGUCGGACUGAACUAGAAGCCUCUCAAGCCACACACAACACAUAUCAGUUUCUUCUUGACAAAUCCACCAGGCUAAUACAAGAAUACAACCAGCAGUUAUUCAUGCAGGAGAACCCCGUAUUCCACAAAGCACAAGACUUCCAGUUCCAGCCCAGUGAAUAUGACACGAGCCGCCAGCUGGAGUCCGAGACGGGGACCACGGAGGAGCACAGUCUGAACAAAGAGGCCAGGAAGUGGGCCACUAGGGUCGCCCGGGAACACAAGAAUAUUAUACACUACAAGAAAUCUUUAGAGGACUGUGAGAGCCACGGGCUGCCCACGACAGAGCAGGGCAGAGCUGACCUGGAGCUGAAAAUUGAAGACACCAAAGAAAGCAUUCGCAAAUCAGAGACCAUUAAGUUAAAAGCUGAAGCGCGACUGGACCUCCUGCGGCAGGUUGGUGUGGCAGUGGACACCUGGCUGAAGAGUGCUAUGAACCAGGUGAUGGAAGAACUGGAGAAUGAACGUUGGGCAAACUUCACUUCCCAUGAUCCCUCACUUUCGGGCACAGUGGACCUAGAGCGAGAGGACGGUGAAGAGUGUGAAGAAAACAUGGAAGUGUUUGAUGACAGCAGCUCCAGUCCCUCGGGAACACUUCGCAACUACCCACUCACCUGCAAAGUACUCUACUCAUACAAGGCCUCACAGCCAGAUGAACUGACCAUCGAUGAACAGGAGAUGUUGGAGGUCAUUGAGGACGGGGACAUGGAAGACUGGGUCAAGGCUCGCAAUAAAACAGGCAAAGUGGGCUAUGUCCCAGAGAAGUACCUGCAGUUCCCCGCCUCCAACAGUCUCCUGAGCAUGCUCCAAUCCCUGGCCACACUCGAUGCCCGUUCUCACACCUCAUCUAACUCAACGGAACCGGAGCUUCACUUGGGAUGCAUCAAUGGAGACACAAACACGGUUUAUGUGCGUGCACUUUAUGACUACGAGGGACAGGCAGACGAGGAGCUGUCGUUUUCAGAGGGAGCAGUGAUUCGGCUUUUGAACCGCGACACACAGACAGACGAUGGCUUCUGGGAGGGCGAGCUGAAUGGAAGGGUGGGCGUGUUCCCCUCUGUCCUGGUGGAGGAUGUAAAUGAGAACGGAGAACACAGUGGAAGUGGACUGGGGGACAUACAGAUUUCCCCAUGUGCAAAAAUGCCAUCUUGCCUGCCUCCUCUUCCGUUGUACGAUCAACCUCCCAUCAGCCCUUUCACCAGCCCUGAGACCUCAACUCCGCCUCCACUACCACGCUCACCAUCUACUGCCCUCAACGGAGAACACAAGCCCCCGCUGCCUGCCUCGUCACAUAAGGGAGCUCUAUCCUCCCACAAUCAAAGUUCUGGCCGGAGUCCAGUAUCUCCAGGAUUUCCUCAGACUCAGCCGCUUCGCUUUACAUCUGAAGGCGGCCCGGGCAAAUUACGACCAGUGCGUGCUGCUCCACCUCCCCCCAAACAACACGCCCGGCGACAGCAGGACAAGAGCGACAAAACAGAAGAGGUGGAGAUCACGCUGGUCUGACAGACUAUACACACAACAAACAAAACCGAUAUGUUGGGACCUACAAUAAAAUAACUAAAUCUUCUCUCUUGAGCUGAUGAGAGCAGCGGACAGUUCCAUCUUUCAAAUAUACCUUCUUCAGUGCAGAAGUAGCCUCCCCCUGUCUCUACCUUCUCUCUCUCCUUUUGUUCUUGCCUUAAAACAUUACCUCGUGGGGCAGCAAAACUCAGCAUACUGAAGACAAGACGGAAGACUUGAAUAAUGAAGGAACGUACUGAAACCAGUGUGGCUCCCUCACCAUAUUAUAUACAGUAGUCCGUAUGUACUCAAUGUAUUAGUACAAACCAUAACUGUCAUAGGAAUGUUAUACACAGCGUUUCAUAUACACAAAUGGGAUGUCCAAUAUGUACUUUUCUCAUACAUUUACAGGGCAUUUGUAAAUAUGUUAAAGGGGAGUCGUCACUCUAGGGGUAGGGGGAAGAGGAAGGCUGGAUCCUUCCUUGUCCUCUCUACCUUUGCCUUUUGAUCCGAGCUCAUUAUUUCUCCUUGUGUGAAUCGUUGGUGGCCAUAUAAAUGCAUACACAGCAUUACAGCAUUACAUGUUUAUGAAAGGAUAUUAUAUCAAAGAUACUCAAAUGUUUGGCAGUGUGGGUAUUAAUACAAAGAAAUAUUUAAAAUUAAUGCUUGGAGGCCGGUGAUUGGUAUUUUUGAGAUCAGAUUUACAUGUAAAGCUUUUGUACAUCUUCAAAUACAUUUCAUUUAUCGUAAGACAGUCUGUGUUCAAUAUAUCCAGAGAUUUCUUACAUGUGUUUUUAUACAACUAAACUAUACAAUAGUAACAAUGCAUCAAGCUUAAAACAAAAGCAAAAGACAUUCAAAUGGCGCAAGUACAAUUCUGACAUUUUUCUCCUUUUUCUCUUGAAGCCUUUAAGCUCCCUACCUACAAGGGCAGUGUAGCACUUUUAAUUUAUUUAUUUGUAACUCCUGUAAAAGUAGCAUUACUAUGACAGAGCAUAAGAAUACACAGAACAUAAUUAUGGCGUCUCUUGAAGUCCUUCUGUGGUCCUUAUGUUGUUCCUUUUGUUGAUCUUUUAGUUUCAGUGUGACUGAUCAUUUUUAUAUCUUCUACUCUUGUGAAGAGAGUGAGAUCGUGUAUGGUGUAAUUUGGUGUUUUCCUAAACGUGUAAGAACAAACAAAUUGACCAUUAAGAAUUCCUCUAAUUGAAACUACGGCUGGAUGUGUUUUUGGUCUUAAAUAGGCCUGGAUAUUGGUGUAUGUUUGUGUGAUGAGAAGAGAGGAACAAAUGUUGUCUGUCUGAGUCACUAAAAAAGCCUUGUCCAAUGGUGCACAUUUGUGAGCUGUGUUAAACUAAUCACAUUUAAAAUCAAAUGUAUCAGAAGUUUAACCUAAACUGUUAGUGACUAAAGCUGCUUCCUGCUUCCUUACUUUGUUUCUGAUGGAGGUGCUAGUGCGCAGUAUGGACCUCAGGCCCUUCAAGUGACUCUCACAGACUGAAGACGGCUGAAGAGUGGAGAAAAGUACAGGAGCUUGGUCAAACAUCAUUGUGCCCAUGCCCCCUCCCUCUGCUUCAGGCAGCCUCUCCUUGAUCUCCCUGAGAUCUGAUUUAUAAUAGUUUCAAACUUGUUUUGAAGUUUAUGGUUUACAGCGACUUACGACACAAAUUCCCUACUCUGUUGUAUUAAUUUAUAUAUUAUGUUUUUUGUAAGCUUUUGCCACUUGACCAUAUCCUUUCUAAAGCCACACAGUAUUAAAUCAUUUACAAACUCCACAAAUGCUCUCAUAUGAAAUAAUUUUAUACUGAUAUUCAUUUGGACAGCUGUGCAGCUGCUGUUGUUACCAUGUGGUGUUAACAACUGGCCUUUCCUCUCCUCAGACUGUUGCCAUGGUGAUAAUAAUUAGACCAGGUGUACAUGUCUAUCUGCAUAUUAUUGGCUGUAUAAAAAGUUUGUAUUUAUUGUGUACAAAUGUUAAUUAAAAAAUCUGAAAAAGC